UACCAAAACAAGUAAGAGAGGAGGUUUCAGACAAAAUAUUUUGUUUUAAUAUACAAACAAAUAGAUGCCUCUUUGCUUAAACUGUUGAUAUACUGGUGAGGGGUGGGGGUUGAGGAAGACUGAUGAAUAUGGAAAGAACAUACAACGAGUUCCAAGCACUUUUCUUGCUUGUCUGGAGGUGAAAUGGUGAGGGGAAAGACUCAAAUGAGGCGCAUAGAGAACCCAACAAGCAGGCAAGUAACUUUCUCUAAGCGUAGAAAUGGGUUGCUAAAGAAGGCUUUCGAGCUAUCGGUUCUUUGUGAUGCUGAGGUCGCUCUCAUUAUCUUCUCUGUCAGAGGCAAGCGCUAUGAAUUUGCAAGCUCUAGCAUGCGGGAGACAAUCGAACGUUACAGGAAACAUACCAAGGAAAAUCGAGUCAAGCCAACUGAAGAAAACAUGGAGCAUCUGAAGAUUGAAGCAGAAAACAUGCUGAAGAAAAUAGAGCUUCUUGAAGCCUCAAAACGAAAGCUACUGGGAGAGAGAUUGGAAUCAUGCACACUUGAAGAACUACAACAGAUAGAACAGCAGCUGCAAAAGAGCGUGACCUGCGUCAGAGCCAGAAAGACCAAAGUUUUCAGGGACAAGAUCCAGGAAUUGAAAGAAAAGGAGAAAAUCCUAGCUGCUGAAAAUGCAAAGCUUUGUGAAAAGUCCGGUAUGCUGCCAUGGGAAGGAUCAAAGGAGCAGAGAGAAAAGGAAGUACCAAGCGAUGAAAGAAGUCCGAACUCGGACGUGGAGACUGAAUUGUUCAUCGGACUCCCAGAAGGGAGAACUAAACGCAUCCUGCAACCCAACUGAUUGAUGGACGUUGCCAACUUAUUAUCCCCCAUGCUUAUGCUGCUAUGCAUGGCGUGAAGUUCAUUUAGUAAACCUCUUUGUUGCAUUAGCUACCAUUUAAUAAAAGUUCAUUUAGCAAGUGUAAAACUGCUCAUUGAAAAAAAAAACUCCCUCAAGAGCAUGACUUCGGCUUCGCUGUGCUAAUAUAUCCCUCUUUA